UAUAAAAUAACUUUUCGGGUCAAACCUCUUCUUAGUUCAGUUUCGUCCUCAAAGUAAGACUGAGUGGUCAUGUUUUAUCAACUGUGUUACUUUUUGUUCGGCCUGGCAGUCGUAUCGGCUCGCCGAGUCAACUUUUAUCGAAAGGACUACGUAUAUUUCGAGGACUAUGAUGCGUUUUACAAGCUACAUGGAGUAAACCUCAGUACUUGGAACUUGUCGUUUUUGACUUGUGAUGACGAAGGUGCUGAAUUGUUUUACCCGGCCACUGACAACGAAUGGGAGGUAGCCUCCAAACUAGCGCAAGUGACGCCCAUUGAAGACGAAAUAUUUGUAGGAAUUCACGACAAAUUUGUUUUAGGUGAAUACGUGACCAUAAAUGGUCGUCCAACCAAUGUUACUAUAGAAAACACAGACAAUAUUUUGCAAGAACCGCAUUGCGUCGCCAUGAAUAUACGAACUGGCGCUUAUCGAGUUAUAGAAUGCGAUGAUUCCGGUCCUUCUAGAACGACUGAGGUUCUACCAUUCAUCUGCAAAAAAGUUGAGGAGGUCACCUGUCCUACUAUAGAUAAAGGCUACAAAUACGUCAAAGAAACAAGAAAGUGUUAUAAAAUAAAUGAAAAUCGAAAAACAUGGUCUAAGGCUAUGGAGACAUGUUUUAUGGAAGGCGGGAUGCUCGUAGUUAUUGAGAGCACAAUGGAAUCGCUGAUACUUCACGAUCUGAUAAAUGACAAUACAAAACAUAAUGAUGAAAUUGAAAAAUAUCAUGCGGGUUUCAAAAAAUUUUAUCCCCUCGAAGACUUUUACACUAUUAAAGGACAUAAACUUCAAGACAGCGGAUACAACGAUUGGUAUCCAGGCAACAAUGACAAUGAACGUUGUGGUGCUGUUUUAAAAUUAAACAGCAAGUUAUACCUAGAUAUGAACGAGUGUGACACGUUAUUGUAUCCUUUUGUUUGUGAAAUUGGUGUUAUUGCCUAACACAUUAAUUGUGACAAUAACUGGUUGAAGAGAGAAAAAAUAAUGUAAGUUAUAUUUUUUAUUGUAAAGUACUUACCUAAGUCUAUUUUAAUACAAGCAUAACUCAAAAUUUA